AUGACGACUAACGGCACUUCUUCCAAUGCGGCGACAAACCGCUACGGCGUUCCGUCUGCUCCCGGUGUGGACAGCAGCUCCGACGCCAUCAUAUCCGUGCGUCACCUUCGCAAAUGGUUCCCCGUCGGCAACUCGUUCUUCAGCCGCAACAAGAGCAUCCUGAAGGCAGUGGACGAUGUCAGCUUCGACAUCGAGCGCGGCAAGACUAUGGGCCUCGUGGGUGAGUCCGGCUGUGGCAAAACCACUACGCUGAAGGUUAUGCUCGGUCUCGAAGAGCCUACCGAAGGCCAAAUAUUCUUCGAAGGCGAGGAUGUGGCGACUCUCAGCCGCGCGGGCAGGAGCGAACUUCGCAGCUCGGUACAGGCGGUGUUCCAGGACCCCUGGGCUUCCCUCAACCCUCGCAUGCGCGUCGGCAGCAUUAUCGGCGAGCCGCUCGAAGUCAACACCACGAUGACUAGAGGGCAGAUUUCCACUCGCGUUCAGGAACUGCUGCAAGAGGUAGGACUGCCGGCAUAUCAGGCGUCGCUCUUCCCUCACGAGUUCAGCGGCGGGCAGCGCCAGAGGAUUGGUGUUGCGCGCGCACUUUCGCUGAACCCAAAGGUCAUCGCUCUCGACGAGCCGGUGUCCGCGCUUGACGUGUCCAUCCGCGCUCAGAUAAUGAACCUCCUCGUUGACCUCCAGAACGAGCACGGCCUCGCGUACGUCAUGGUCGCGCACAACCUCGCUACCGUGCGCUACAUGUGCGACCGCAUGGCUGUUAUGUAUCUCGGCGUCGUGCAGGAAAUGGGUCGACACCGAAAGCAUCUUCAACAACCCCGUCCACCUCGCGAAGAGAUUGUCCUGCCCGGUGAGGUCGUAUCCCCGGUUGACCCGCCGGAAGGCGAUGUCUUCAUGACACGCACGCCCCUUGAGGUGGACCCCAACCACGAAUAUGCCAAGACGCGCCCGCCUCUCAUAGAGGUAGAGCCGGACCACUGGGUAACCAUCACCCCAUGGAGCACCAUCGGCAACGCCGCCGAGCAGGGCGUUGACCUCACAACUCUGUUGGAAUAA